AUUUCGUGUCGCUGUUUCUACACGGACCAGCUACAUUCCCAGACAUGGCAACCUGCACGCGGACUGUCUGGAAAGUUUUAGCAGGAUGUCAGAGGCAGCUGCUGAGAGCUGGCGGUCCUGCCUACGCCGCCGUCUCACACACUGCACCGAGGAGUCUACCUGUCAGGACGUUUGCAGCUGUCAGGACAAAAAAGAAAGAAACGGCAGAUGGUGCAGAGAAGGCAAAAAAAGAAAAGAGGGUCAUUGAUGACACAGGCAGACACAAGCCCUUCGGUAAGACGGCGUGGGCGCCGGUGGACGACGUGUACGUGGUGAGGUUUUACCCCCAGGUGGUCCAUGACGCAGCAGACGCCAUCGACAUGCUGAAGAAGUUUCAGAAGCUGGACUUCACUCCACACAAUCAGCCGGUUUACAUCGAUUUGAAGCUCGACAUGAAGCUGGAAAAAAAGAAAAAAGUCGACCCCUUCGUCAGCACGUUGCUAUUGCCGCACCCCUUGAAGACAGAGAUGAACAAAGUUUUAGUUUUCACUGAGGAUGCUGAUCAAGUGAAAGCUGCCCAGGAGAACGGAGCUGUGAUGGCUGGAGGAGCAGAGCUCGUACAGCCGAUCUUAGAUGACGAGAUUUCGGCAGACUUCUACCUGGCAGUGCCGGAGAUACUGCCGAAGCUUUUACCGCUGAAAAACAAACUGAGGAAGAAGUUCCCAAAAAGCAAGCGAGGCUCCGUCGGCCACCAGAUUGUGAGGAUGCUGAAGCUGUUUAAAUGGGGUCAUGAGUACGUGGUGGAGAGCGACUGCUACGUCAGGACCCAGAUAGCGACGCUCGACAUGCCCAAAGAGCAAAUCUUUGCCAACCUGCAAACGGUCCUGAUUGAUGUUUGCUCCCACCGACCGGCUAAAAUGGGACAUUUCAUCGAGCGGGCGAUCAUCGCCAGUCACACCAGUGAAGCUGUGUGGUUCAAGAGCGAAGACGUUUUACCGAAACCGGCAGAGCAGGAGCAGUGACCCGUCCUCAGACUGUAUAUACGUAUAUUCACUGUGUUCAGUAAAGUAUUUGUUCUGAGUUUG